AGCGACAACUUCGAACAGACGUGAAGUUCAAGAUCCCGCACACGGGGAACUGGAAAUUUAAAACUGAUAUGGCCAACGGGAGUCUGGUUUAACUUUGGCGCCGUCUAUGUUCGAUGUUUUAGUUCGACAUCUCGUUUGGGUCAGUGAGGAUCGAAUUGUGGGGCGCUUGUGUAUACAAUCACUAUGAAGUGCAGGAUUUUUGUCGGUGUGUUUGUUCUAGUGUCUAUCGUCAUCGGACAACUCGAUGGCCGUGCGGUUCGCGUGCGGAGACAGGACAUCUCAUUCAAAACAUACGAACAGGAGGAAUACAAAUCUUUCACGGAUCGUAUGAAGCCACCAAAGCGCGGCUCCAGCCAAAGCAGUGUUGCCAAUACCGGCUCGCAAACCAUAAUCAACCAGCAUGGAAUUCAGCAGCAAACGUCGGGCGGAAGUCAGUCGUCAAACCUGGCAGACGAUGGAUCGAGCGGUCAGCUGAGUGCGGCGAAUACCCAACAACAAACGAUGCAAUCCGGUAACAGUUUCCAGAGUCAAAACAGUGGCCAAAGUCAGUCGGCCAACUUCGGAAAGGACCAUCAAAUUCUUUCGAACGCAAACACCAACACCAACGAGCAGCGGGAGAAUGGCAACGUCCUGCAGCAGACGAGUGGUGGAGCCGGAACAUCAGUCGUCGAUAAGCACGGAAGCCAAUCCAGCCAGGCUCAGACGAACAGUGAAACCGUUGAUGAGGCCGACCGAAAGGGUUCGAAGUCAACCGGAUCGAGUCAAUCGCUUCAGAUAGGAAACGAUGGGUCCGCUUCCGGAGCAAAUAGCAACACGGGUGCGGAAACGAUCGUGCUGGCCGAUGGAACCGUAAUCAACAAAUCGUUCAGUUCUUCCUCCAGCUUCCAGAGCAGUGGCAAUGUGAAAGCGGGCGCUUCGGCGAACAGUUUUUCGAGUGCCGGCUAGAGUUUGCUAUCAGCCCGAUUGCGUUGUAUUUGUGUGUCUGUUUUUGCUGUGCAAAUGUAGGUUAGCGAUAAUAAAUAAUGAUCUGUUACUUGUAGAAUAUGUUGUUCUGCUAACCUACGGGUUCAACGUAAAGACUGUUCUUGAGAAUAUUCAUACUGUUCAGAAAACGAAUAUAGUGAUUUGCAUGACUGAACCAUCAA